AUGGGCCCCUGUAUCGCCUCCCCAUGCUGCUGCCAGGCCUGUAAUCUGCCAUGGGCCCCCGUACCGACUCCUCAUGCUGCUGCCAGGCCCGUAAUCUGCCAUGGGCCCCUGUACCGCCUCCUCAUGCUGCCUGCCAGGUCCAGAGUGUGUCAUGGGUCUCCCCUGUACGGCCUCCCAUUGCUGCUGUCUCUAUCGCCCACACUCUGCCAUGUGCCACUUUCAGGUCUCCUCACACUGCUGGUGGUUUUUCCAUUUUUGUCAUAGGGUGCUGUAUGGCCUCCCAUUGCUGCUGCCUCCACCGCCACACUGUGGCUCCACAGUCUGGUUUUGGCCCCGUGACUGGCCAAAUGAGUGAAGUGUGCGGUGAUUCUAAGAUCGACGGCACUCAUCUGCAUGUCAUACUGCCUAACAGUAUUAUUUCUCUUCCCCAGCAGACUCCAAGGGCAUUUUAAAUUAAAGUACAGUGUUCAGCACUAAUAUUA